AUGGCUGUGCGAGUGAUCCCAAUCAAGUCUCGGACCUCAGUGUGGGUGUCUGGGGUCUUCGGCUUGUCUUCUGUGGCACAAGUGGUAUUAGGAAGAGGAGACUUUGGGCAGCAUCUGAGCAUCAAUCUGGGAUUUGGCAUUGGUGUGACCUUGGGCAUCCAUGCAGCUGGAGGAAUAUCUGGAGCUCAUCUGAACGCUGCCAUCACCCUCACACACUGCAUUUUAGGAAACCUCCCCUGGAGAAAGUUCCCAGCUUACCUGGUCGGCCAGUUCCUGGGCUCGUUUACGGCAGCAGCCACCGUCUUUGGCCUCUACUAUGAUGCUCUGUACGACUACACCAAGGGGAACUUUACAGUGACAGGACCAACUGCCACGGCAUCCAUCUUUGCCACUUACCCCGCUCCCUACAUAUCCUUGCUGGGGGGCUUCUUCACAGAGUUUAUGGCGACAGCGAUGCUGCUCCUGGGCAUUCUGAUCAUCCACGAUGAGAAAAACAAUGGAGCCCUGAAAGGCACGCAGGCCCUGCUCACAGGGAUCCUGGUCCUGGGCAUCGGCCUGGGGAUGGGGUUGAACACAGGCUACGCCAUAAAUCCCUCUCGGGACCUGCCCCCCAGGGUCUUCACGGCAAUUGCUGGCUGGGGAACGGACGUCUUCACGGCUGGACAUCACUGGUGGUGGGUCCCACUCACAGCUCCGGUACUGGGAAGUCUUGCUGGUGUUCUAAUCCACAAACUCUUCAUUGAUUUUCAUAACCAACCUGUCCUGGAAAGUCGAAAUGAGAAAGGACAGCCAGUUGUGGAGAGUUCUACGCUGUGA